UACAGAUACAACCCGCAACUGUUUGAUCGUCUUUUGCAUGAUUCAGUGUCCACCUAUUCGUUGUAAAAAGCAAAUCAUUAGAAGCUUCAAAAUAUGCGAUAAUGCGAUGGAAAAUCAGGGUGCCAAAGUAAAUUCGGAGCGCCCGGGCCCUAUAAGAAUAAUUAAUACGCAGCUGCAUCCACUCUUUCGCGAUACAGUGCAGUGUCGUCUACAGAUAGGAGAGAUUCAGUUGGUUGACAACCCGGAUAUUGUAACUGGACAAAAAGUGGAAAUCUGGCAAUUCCGACUGUGGAACGAAAACGUCGAACGGGAAAUGUAUAGCAAAUGUUACGGCAGGUUGUUGAAGUUGCUGAAAACAACCUACUCAGAAUGUCGGGAAACUGGACGUCUGCGAGCCGAUAGUGCGAAUGUGGUUCACUUCUUUGAAUGGGGAUUUACUUCUCCCUUGAAGGCAGGAAUGCCGCCAGAGUUCCAAGUGAUUGCCGAAUGGUGCACAGGGGGGAAUUUCACGGAUGCCGCCAAGCAUUAUGUACCGAUCCAUGUGAUACGGCAGUGGUUGUACGAAAUGCUGUGUGGCUUGGAUUUUUUACACAAAAACCGCAUCGUUCAUCACAACCUGCACAGCCGCAUAAUCUAUUUCACGCAAGCGAACUUCAAAGGUACCGUGAAGAUUGGCGGCUUUAACCAUCGGCGACAGCUGGAAGUGGGUCCGAAUGAUCUGGCGAUAAGGGGCGACAUCAAUUCCUUCUCCGCCGAUGACGGGCGUUUCGUUGCUCCAGAACUGGUAAAGGUGUGCGACGAUUACGAUAUCGGGCGUCGCAGUGAUAUCUGGAGCGUCGGUUGCGUUGCACUGCAUCUGCUAACCGGACAACCGCCACUGUACGUUGGAGCCAGAAAUCGACCUAUCAGACUGGAGAUGGCGGUUCUGUAUUGCUUGAACGGGGCAGACAGAAGCCCAGAUGAAAGACGGCCCUUCAUUCUGGAAUCCCUGCCAAAACGUACCAAGGACUUCGUCCUCCGGUGUUUGGAAUUUGAUCCGAAAGAGCGACCACUGGUGUCCGAACUGCUUGAAAAGAACGGACCGCUUUUCUUUUUCCAUGCCACGCCGGAUAAUCCUGGGCGCUAUCAAAACCAGGAAAUGAAAGUUUUACCGCGGGAUACGCUAAAUUACUGGGCAAAGGACAUUAAAGUGCCGUUCGGUGAUUUGGGAGAUGAUAUGCGCACAGACGAUUUGUAUCUGGAUGUACAAGAAAUCCGGGAAUGCAUACACGACGUUCUCCACAAAUCCUUUAAUACAGGAAGUAUAUAUCUGGAGAACAUUGGUUACUACAAGAAUGGUGAAUCCACAAUAAUUUAUUCUCUUAAAAACACCACAAGCAACUUACUCUCUCUAUGGAACAAAUGGCUGGAGGAGCGAUCGCCCAAUGUGGCGUAUAUCCCGCCGGAAUGCUUGGCCGCUCUCCCGCAUUCAACGGGUGAUACCAGCAAAGUGGAUAGUUGGGCUGUCGGGUGCCUGCUGAUACACUUACUAAAGCGCGGACAGCCGCUGACUCUCAAGCGAUUUUUGCGAAAUAGCUCGGAAAAAGUAAAUUUCGAGCUGCGCGAAGAGCCUCUACUGGAAAGCCUUCAAAGGUUUUACACGACCGAUGGAGAACAAGGACUGGUCAUUGGGCCGGCAGUUCCGCCCAUUCCGAAUACGCCCGCUGCGUGCAAGGAUUUCCUGGCGCAUUCGCUCAAAAUUGACGCAGCAACUCGCUCAUCUCUUGCAGAACUGCGCGCCCAUCCAUUCGUAGAUUUAAGCAAAUCAUUGGAUAAAUUAUGUGCGUUAGAGAAUCAGAGCGCGGAGACGUUCUCAGUCGGCGAAGGCACUAUAAGAAUAAUUGACACGAAGAAGCAUCCGUUUUUCUACGAUACAGCACUGUGUCGUCUUCAGAUAGGGGACGUCCAGUUGACAGCUAAUCCCGGCAUGGCCACUGGGCAGAUGGCAGAAAUUUGGCGGUUCCAACUCGCGAAUAACAAUAAAAAUCGGGAAAUUUACGCAAAGACUGUCGAGAAAUUGUUGAAUUUGCUGGAGGCUACUGAUAAGGCAAAUAAGAGAUUAGGUUCCUUGCAGAACACAAAUGCCCAUGUUACUCGCUUCUUUGGAUGGCAGUUCGCUGCACCCAUGGAUCCACGAUGGCUGCCGGAGUUCCGAGUGUUUGCUGAACUGUGCAGAGGCGGGAAUUUCCAGGAUGCCGCCGCGUAUUCUCUACCGCUCAAUAUGAUACAGAAGUUGUUGUACGAAAUGCUGUGUGGCCUGGAUUUUUUACACAGACACCGUACCGCCCACAGCAAUCUGAACAGUCGCAUGAUAUUCUUUACGGGAGCAAACUUCACCGGAACCGUGAAGAUUGGAGGCUUCCAUAUUGUACGAUUGCGGGGAGAGGAUCGCACAAUCAGGCCUAACGUCCGUGCUUCCUCCGGCGAGGACGGUCGCUUCGUCGCUCCGGAACUCUCCUACACGUGCAACAAUUACGAUAUCGGGCGUCAAAGCAAUAUGUGGAGCGUUGGCUGUGUGGCGCUGCACCUGCUAACCGGAGCACCGCCACUGUACACCGGACAUAAAAAUCAGCCCUUAUUGCUAGAAGAAGCUAUUCUCUAUCAUUUGAACACCUUUGGAAAACUUCCUAAUAUCCCGAAUUCGUUACCAAAAUGCGCCAAAAACUUUGUUCUCCGGUGCCUAAAAUUUAAUCGAGAAAAGCGGCUGCUGGCGUCCGAACUGCUGGCAAGCAAUGGGCCGCUUUCGAGGUUUAACAACGACCCAGAUAAUCCGCGGCGCUACCAGAAUCAAGAAAUGAAAGCAUUAUCGCAAGAUACGCUCGAUUACUGGACAAAAAAGACACACCCCGGCUUAAGUAGCACAGGAAGCAGUAGCGCAAAAUUAGAGCAUCUUUGGGAGGAGGACGAAAACAGAAGUGCUAAGGAUACACCACCGCGGCAUUUAUCGCUAGAGAAAAAGAAACAUAAACACAGCAAACUGCUUUCCUGUUUCAUGCGUUCCUAGCGGUGAUCCCUUGAUGAAAAGCGUUCGUUGCUCAUGAAUUUGGCUGAGAAUUAAUUUUUGCCUUCUGGUUUGCCUUUAAAGGA